AUGACAGCUCGAGCUGUAUUGUGGUCUCGCUUUGCACUUUGUGUAGUCUCUGUCGCAGUUUUUAUUCUUUUUGCAUCCCAGUAUCAGAGUUAUCGGCACCAGUAUUCUCUGUUGUUACAUAAGUAUACGGAGUUACUUGCUUAUUCAGAUGGUCUUUCUGCACAGCUUCAAUUGAUGGUUGAAAGAAAUCGGAAAGCUGAAAUUAUUCUCAAAAACAAACUUUCAGAAGACGAGGUCGCUUUGCAAGAAUGUGAGGAGAAAGUACGAUCUGCAGAAGUGGCAAAAUCACUUCACUUGAUAGACCUAGAGAAGUGUAAUAAUGAAAAUGAGCGGCUGAAUGCUACUUUUCGCGAACUUUCCGUGAUAUUAGCACCACUUUCACCAGACUCGAAAUUCAACGGCGAUUCUGAUAGCGUAAGGGAAGCACUAACACAGUUGCAGGCAAAACAUUCUGUAGCAGCGGAACGAGCAGGGAAGCUGGAACAGUCUUUAAAAGAAGCUAAGACACAGUUGGAGGAGUGUGUGAAUUUGAUGAAUAGCUCUGCUGGUGCUAUUUCUGCCAUAAAGCUUUGUUGUAAUGAAGAUUCUUCAAAUUGCCUGAAAGGCACAAUAGUUUGUGGGCUUGUCCAUGGGGAUACGUACUCUUCACUUCGGUAUGGGAUAGGUGGUGGGUUUGAAGUGGUUACAAAUGGCUUUUGUUCAGUCGAAACAAACGAUUUUUGGUCCAAUACGUCCGCAACCGGUGACCAGUAUUCUGCCGUAGUGCUGGUUGUUACUGACUCCUCUUGGAAACCGAACAUGGCAGGAGGAUGUACGAAGAGCUGA